GAACUCAGACCUUUGUAUAAUAAAAGGUGCCAGUUUUAUUCAAGUGGAACAGGAUUCCUGUACGAUGCCCACCAGACAGAGGUGACAUGUUAUACCUUAAACAGCAAGUGCCAGCUGAAAAUAAAGAGUAACACAUGCUAUUGCUGCGACCUGUACAACUGUGAGAAUUCAGAGCAGUCCUCCAGCUACUAUGAAUUUCUCGGCGUGAGCAGCUGUCAGGAUGUGGUUCACCUGUAUAGGCUGCUGUGGUCCUCCACAGUCCUCAACAUCAUCGGGCUGUUUCUGGGGAUUAUUACGGCAGCCAUUCUUGGGGCAUUUAAAGACAUGGUACCUCUGUCCCAAAUUGCUUUCAGUGCUUCACCCCCUCCUCAGAUCCUGUACAACCCUGCCCAGCAGAUCCUGACAUACGCUGGCUUUUGUCCUUCUGCAGCAACUAUUUCUACAUAUCCAUCCUACCCGUUACCUCUUCAGCCUGCCAGCACUUUUCCAGGAACAUCAUCAACUGACAUUUCAUUAUCAGAAGAAACUCAGCCUCCAUCUCAGUCCAGCUCCAGCUAUGGUCUUCCCCCCAACGCUCCAGCCCUCUACACACCGACGUACUUCUUGCCUGGUGAAAAGCCUCCACCGUACGCACCGUAG